AUUUAUUUAUUUAUUUAUUGAGAUAAAAUGAGUGAUAUUGAAUGAGUGAAUGAAUAUUAUUAAGACCUUACAAAACCUGGGACUGUGGUUGCAUAAAUUUUCUGAGUUUAGAUUCUGAAAUGAAAUCCUCAAAAACUAAAAUGGAGAGCUUACCUUUUGAGAUCUAUAUGAAGAUUUUCUGUCUCUUGGAUUACCAGCAUCUCGCUGUUGCUCAACAAGUAAGUAGGAGGUGGAAGUUCGUGGCCUCAGACGAUGCUCUAUGGUCUAACCUUUUUAAGAAGAGAUGGGGAGGAGAUCAUGCUGCUUUUUAUGCUCCUAUGGGUUCAAAAUCAUGGAAACAUGUAUAUGAGGUGCAAGAUCGCUGUGAUCGAAUUGGAGUGGGUUUGAAGAUUAUUAGAGAAGGCAGUGACUACUAUCUUGUUCACCAAGGUGAGAUACAGAGAUAUUUAGGUUCAAGAAAAAAUCAGGAAAAAGUAACUGCUCACAGCUGCCAUUCAGAAUUUAACUUCAAUGGAGAAAGUUCUCUAGCUGAAGAGAGAUCAAGUCGUGGAAUUUUGGACAAAAUCCUUUUCUUCAUUGGGGAUUUGGAAGUUGCUUCUGCUGAAGCAAAACGUAGUCGUGUCAUAUGAUCGUGUUUAGUAUUCAAUCCAAUAAUGAAGUUCACCGUAAAACUUCUCUGUAUCUAAGCAUUAUUUCACGUAUAUAUUUAUUUAUUUGUAUCAAACAAUGUGUUCAGUUAUUUUAUAGCACUUUCAAUAAUUUGGAGAUUGUAGCCUUUUUCUCACAAGUGACAAGUUUGUUUAAACUGUUGUGCCAAUAUGCUGUAUAAUCUGAUCUGAUGAUCCUGUUAUCAUUAUUCA